CCUUUCACACAUGUAGCACAUAGCAGGAAAUUUUCUGUGUCCGACGUGUUUUCACCCACUGGAAAUACUCCGUUUGCUUUAGGCGAGGGGUGCAGGCUUUUAUUUUGUGAGAGAUCACAGGAAGUCCUCUCUACCAUUAGUCCUAACUUCACAGCGGAGCGUUCAGGUCCAAUCAAAGCAAUACAGCUCGCAUGCUGCGGCUAUCCUCCGCCUACUGCAUGUGUAAAAUAGCGGCUGUGCAUGACUCCUGGAAGUCAAAGACGUCGUAUUUAAGUUUAUGUUCUGUUUGUUCAACAGUUGUUUGAUAAAUGGCUCGUACCGUCUCCCUUACUGCCGGAUACUGUUGCACUUAAAGCAGAUGUUAUCCACUCGCUUUAUUCACACUUGGCCACAUUGGACCAUGACACGGACUUUGUACUAGGACUCUGGCAGGUACAUUUCUGCUGUCAGCCAGCCUGGUGAAGAGAGGUGCUAGGACAGCUGUUGAUAACUGCAGGAAUAACCAGCGAGAUUACACGUCCAAGAUUGACCAACAUGUAUAACAUGUCCACACAGACAAGGAGCAAAAGGAAAGAUGAGUCCGAGCCAGAGAUUCCCAUCACCAUCGCAAUGUCAUCAGAAGUCCUCUUCAACAUGGAGAAGGAGCAGCAGAGCAGCAGAUCGAUGAGCCAUGGCCCUGCAUUCUACUUUGUCAAGGCUCUGCAGGUGGUGAAUGCUGAACUUAAAGUGCAUUAUCCUGAGAGUCAGGAGCUCUUUAAGGUCUUACUCAUCAACCACCAUUCAUCAGACUCAGACAGACUCAACGAGACUAUCAAAAUCCAAGAGUUGGAAGAACUAAUUACUCCCUUAGUUAUGGAGAGAGAGCGUCUUGUAAGUGAAUUAAAGAAGAACAAAACCCAUCUGUACCUGUCUGCUAAACCAGGGUUCGGGGUUCAAGAAGCGCUGAAGGAAGGUAUAGCAGCAGCUAUCAUGGGCAAUCCAGAGACAAUCGCGAAAGUGUCAGAGACUCAGCUGCGUGUUGUCUUUGAUGGUGAUGCCGUCCUCUUCUCUGAUGAGUCUCAGCGUGUUUUCAGUGAAAAGAAACUGAUGGGGUACUUGGAGCACGAGAAGAAAAACGUUGACGUGCCAAUGAACCAAGGGCCAUUCAAGGGACUCCUGGAGGUUUUAGAAAGACUGCAGAGGAAGUUGCACAAUAAAGGCCUGAUCAAAAACUGCCCCAUUCGUACCUACCUGGUGACAUCCCGUGAUGCAGGCUGUGCCGGGUACAGAGCCUUAAACACUCUGCACUCAUGGGGUCUGGAGAUUGAUGAGGCUGUCUUUCUUGGGGGGUCUCCCAAAGGCCCCGUGCUGGAGAAGAUCAGGCCCCACAUCUUCUUUGAUGACCAGGACUGCCAUAUUAAAAACGUAUUGAAGUUUGGCAUAGUGGCAUGUCAUGUGCAAUAUAGCUCAGAGUAACCAACAGGUGAAUUAAUGUCAUUAUAAGAGGCAACAGUUGAUUAUAACUGAUAGAAAAAUGUAAACUCGAAUAAUAUGUCCCCAUAAUGCAUCAAAGAUGUAACAAAAACAUGUAAGCUGAUUUAAAGAUAAUUUUCUUUACACUAUUACUUAUAAGUAAUAUGUGUAUAAUGUGAUGAUGAAUAUGAAGAUGCUUUUGUGUUCUUGGAAUACUUCUAUCUCAUUAUACUGUCUAAUUCUAAUUAAAUGCAUGCAAAAUAGUCA